CGACUACAGUUGUAUGCCAAUCAUGGGCGUGCAGUUAAAUACCACAAACAGGUAUAUAUGCCCUGUGCUGACGGAGAGCUGUCAGUAGACACCUGAAAUCACCUUUGACAAAGAUAGAAACCUCUUCAAACAUGACAUCAGUGUCGAUCAGCUCCUGCCUUAACAAGGCUGUACGUGAGCAUUACAUGAGUCUGCCACAAGGAGACAAAUGCCAGGUGACUUACAUCUGGAUUGAUGGAACUGGAGAGGGACUUCGCAACAAAACCCGGACCCUGGAUAAAGAACCAAAAAGUAUACGAGAUAUUCCUGAAUGGAACUUUGACGGGUCAAGCACAUACCAGUCUGAAGGCUCCAACAGCGACAUGUACCUCAUCCCAGUGCACAUGUUCAGAGAUCCAUUCACUCUUGACCCCAACAAACUGGUCCUUUGCGAAGUUUUAAGAUACAACCGCAUUGCUGCAGGUACAUUCUCCACUUUUUUCUUGAAAUAUGUGAUUCUCCAAAUUGAAACGGGAAAUCUGAAACUUUUUAUGUCUGGUUUAGACACAAACCAUCGAAUGAGUUGCAAGAAAGUCAUGGACCAGGUUAAAGAGCACCAGAUAUGGUUUGGCAUUGAGCAGGAAUACACACUCAUUGGAAAAGAUGGGCAUCCAUUUGGUUGGCCUCAAAAUGGAUUCCCUGCACCCCAAGGUCCCUACUACUGUGCAGUGGGCACAGACAAAGCUAUUGGACGGGACAUCGUGGAGUCUCACUACAAGGCAUGUCUCUACGCUGGGAUAAACAUCUUUGGAACAAAUGCUGAGGUUAUGCCAUCUCAGUGGGAGUUUCAGGUAGGUCCCUGCGAAGGUAUUGAGAUGGGAGAUCAACUGUGGGUUGCACGCUUCUUGUUGCACCGUCUAUGUGAAGAUUUUGGGGUUGUUGCAACACUGGACCCGAAACCAAUGAAGGGAAAUUGGAAUGGUGCUGGUGGCCACAUUAAUGUCAGCACAAAGCAGAUGAGGGAAGAAGGAGGACUACAAUACAUUGAGCAGGCCAUCAAGAAGCUGAGCAAAAAACACAUGGAGCAUAUUAAGAUGUACGACCCGCACGGUGGUCAGGACAACAUGAGACGUCUCACAGGUCGUCAUGAGACGUCCAAUGUGAACGAAUUCUCUGCUGGAAUUGCAAACAGAGGUGCCAGUAUCCGCAUUCCUCGCCAGGUGGGUCAAGAAAAGAAAGGCUACUUUGAGGACCGCCGCCCUGCAGCAAACUGUGACCCGUACCUUGUGACCAAGGCCAUUGCAAACACUUGCUUGCUUGAUGAUGAUGAAGAAGUGAAGGGCAAUUAAAUAAAAUGACAAGGCUGAGUCUAUUUUGUCUGCUUGUAGGAUUAUUUAAAAAUGCAAGUCACUUUUGAGUGUAUAUGAAGAAUUGAAGUGUUACUUUAUAUCUUCAUCAACAUUUCAUUUUAAAAUCUUCCAUAAACACUUUCAUACGCUUACACUGACUUGAAUACAAUAUAAAUGUUUUAUUAUGUCUUAUAGCUGCAAAUAUAUAUUGUGUGGGGACAAGUUGAAUGGACACACUGACUAUGUACUAUUUUCUGUUUUGUUUGUAUGGAUUAAAUGUGCGAGUUCCAAGGGUUUUACAGAUUUUAGGCAAGUCUGAAUUUAGAGUUGCGCGCCUUCAGUGGAGCACAACGUUGUGUCGCAACAUGCUGGGUAGCACUGAGGUCUACUGUAUGGUUUCCACAGAACAGAGCGAUUAUUUCGCUUUGAAUAGUGUUGUAUGUGUUGCUGCUCCAAGUGUGUUAAAGUACCACUUGUUUUAUGGAUUACAAACAUCGUAACAUCUAUGCUAAUAUAUGUCAGCCCAUCUAUCGCAUUUUGCAUCAUAUGCUUGCAUUAAGAUGGCUGAUUUUUGUUAGAUGAAAUUAUAUGGUUUGGUUAAACAAUGUGGUGUUUAAAUCAUAGAAUGUUUGAUUCUCCUAUGUUUUAAGUUUCAUUUUUACAGUGAGCCUCAACUGAGAAUGACAAACAGCUAGCACACUUUGCCUUAUUUGGAGAACUGUGCAAGUCAGAGUCAUCAUCUUUUCGUUUCCUCAAAGUGAUGUUAUACGGAAGUCUCCCAUUUCUUGACAGAGAGUGAGAACAGGCGCUAAGGAAUAAUUCUAAAAGAGUGUUCCAAGUUUCACUGUGUUUUUUGUUUGAAGUGGGU